AUGCUGAAUGAGAUCCUACGCCGCGUGGAUCGACCUCGUGGCCCACCUCCUGCAUUGGUGGCCACAGCUGCGCAGAAGUCCAGCCAAGAGGAUAAGGAGAUGAGAAAGGAGGAUUCUAACAGAUCUCAUGCUUCUCUCACCUCUCGUGCCUCGAAGACAUCGACGUCCAAAGCCCCGCAGGGGGUUGACCCCAACGCAAGGCUUAGCAUCAGCCGAGUUGGAGCAUCUUACGCCCACAGUGCCGAACCCGGAGGGCGGAGGACGAACUUUACACCUGGAGCCCCUCAUUUGUUCAGCACCUUCACCCACUAUGACCUGGCCCUUCAAGACGUGGCCAACACGGCGGAAGGGAGGCAAAAUCGAUUGAAGUUUGGGAAGACGAGGGGCUCUUUCACAGGCAAGGAUGACGACAUCAGCUGGGUGGAAUGGCUGGUGGGCUCCCCAUUGUUCGACGCAUUCUGCGCGCUGAUCGUGGUGUCGAACUCGAUCUUCCUGGGUGUCGAAGUUCAGAUGGGUAUCACCUACUUCGAUGAGGGCCUGCCGGUGUCAAUGUCCGUGGUGCAGUAUGUCUAUGCCGCUUGGUUUCUGCUGGAGCUGGUGCUUCGAAUCCGAGCCGACGGCCGGAACUUCAUUUUCUCUCCGGACUGGUCCUGGAACUUGCUGGAUAUUUUUGUGGUCGCGACCUCACUCUGG